AUGUCUUCUAAUGUGAUAGAAUAUGCAAGGAGAGAGUUAGAACUUCUUCAAUCCAACCCGCCAUGGGGUGUAAAGGUUUGGUUGGUCGAUGAUGACAACCUCUUCGAAUGGAUGGCAGAAGUACUAGGCUUGAAGGACACUGCGUGGGAAAAUGGAAAGUUUCUUGUCUCGCUCAAGUUUGGUUCUUCGUUUUGCCUGUCUCCUCCAAUGGUGAACUUUAUCACUAUACCUUACCAUCCCAACAUACAUCCAUCAACAGGAAGGCCUUGUAUCGAAGAGUUAGACGUGCCUCAGUGCUGGUUACAAAGUUACUCAACUGGAUCUCUCUUGGUCAAUCUUCAGGUUUUGCUUGCUAGACCCUGUUUAAACAGACCCGUGAAUCCCCAAGCAGGAACCCUGUUACGGAAUGAUCCUUCGGCAUAUUAUUCUGUCGUACAACAGUGCGUCGAAAUGAGCUUACACAUAGCUGAAGAAAAUACAUUUAAUGUUAGGGGCAAUUGCCCGUUGAACCAGCCAUCCUUCGUUGGAAGCUUUAGUGAAUCAAAGAAAGAUGUACAGCAAUCUCUUCAAGAACCAAGUAGAAUAUUGAACCAGCCAUCCUUUAUAGGAAGCUCUAGUGAAUCAAAGAAAGAUGUACAGCAAUCUCUUCAAGAACCAAGUAGAAUAUUGAACCAGCCAUCCUUUAUAGGAAGCUCAAGUGAAUCAAAGAAAGAUGUGCAACAAUCUAUUCAAGAACCAAGUAGAACAUUAAAUCAGCCAUCAUUUGUAGGACGCUCCAGUGAAUCAAAGAAAGAUAUGCAGCAAUCUAUUCAAGAACCAAGUAGAACAUUAAACCAGCCAUCCUUCAAUAGAAGCUCUAGUGAACCAAAGAAAGAUCUACAGCAAUCUCUUCGAGAGACGAGAAGAACGUUCAAGUGGUUAUCUUUUGAGGCUUAUCACAAGGACUGGCAGAAACUCGGUACCUCAAAAUCUUGCCAUCGUCAUUUCACGUAACAAGAAAAUUAUAAUAAUUGUAAUAUAUAAACAAAAUCUUAUAUGAGUU